UGAUAAAAGACGCUGAUGGAAGCUGAUUGGUUUUUUGAAAGUUGAGCGCAAAAUUAUGUUGUGGGGAGGUGUUUUUUUCAGACAAUAAUUUUGCGGAAAACGAUCAAGAUGAGGAUGGAAAUGCAGGGCCUGCUUCGAGGUCGUCGUGGACCUGCUCCGUCUUCCGCUUCUUCACGACUUUUCCGGAGACUGAUUCUCGUAGCCGCAUCACAGCAAGAACUCUUGUUCUUCCACCUCCUUUUUCAUGAUCAUCACCGGUGUUGUACUCUUGUCGCCGCCGUCGAUACACAACAGCUACAGCAAUCCGACCGGAAGAUAGUACACAGACACAGUACUAAAGAUCACGUGGACCACGACGACGAACAAGAUCCAGAAGCAGUUCUGGUGCAGCCGGGCGGAACCACCACAGUCCGGCCAGUGGAUGCAGAAGGAAAUAAAGCUCAACAUGGCAACAAGGAAGCAUCAAAAGACCUGUCGCUUUCGGCCGCGGCGGACUAUUCUUCCGACGAGAGUGCAGCAGGCGGGAACAGUGCAAGCCCGAGUCACAGCGAGGAUGAAUUGCAUCACCACCUCCAGCCUUCACAUUUUGAACUCACGAACACGGGCGAACAAGCCGCCUCUGCAGCAGAAAUGUCUAGCAUGUCAUCCCCAACGACAAAAACCGCGGCGUCUUCCUUCCUCGACUUGAACGCACGGAAAAAGGAGCGGAAGAACCGGAAGAAAUUCAUGGCGCAGCGGGAGGGUGCGGAGACGGCCUUCUUGUUUCAGUACGUGUUGGACUUUACCGGGGCAGUGCAGGAGACUCUGAACAACAUCGAUUUAUUGACUGAUUUCCUGCCGCAUGAGGUUGACCAUGAGGGGCAGGGACAGCUGCACACGGAGCCCAGGAGUACAACCAUAGUCGGAACAGCAAACAAGAACACCGCAGGGGAACAGAUAAGCGGAUCCUUCGUGGAGGAACAAGCGCUGCGACGCGGGACCACUUCCCGGAAAAGUUUGACCACUACGAAGACCAUAUCAAAUGCAAAAAUGUCUGGGUCUGGGAAGUUGUGAUGCUGGGUGGCGUCUCAUGAUGAGGCUACAAAUGCUGGCUCAGCAUGACAAGUUUCUGAGCUCCUAGGUGUUGCCUAUUCUGCAUGACAAACUGCGCUUCUGCAUCACAGAAACAAAAGCGGAGCUCUUGGGUAACGUGCAUGACAGAUUUAAGAGUCAUGCCAGACAAGCAUGACAAACAUGAAUUCUUCCAGACCCAGACACUUUUACAGUUGAUAGACCACGAGCAACGAUCCCGAUGCGGAUCCGGAGCAAGCCACGGGGAAGAAGAAAAAGAAGAUCGCACUCUGGGUGUGGAUCACGAUUGCCGCUGUUGGAGUCGUAUGCUCUGCAAAAGUAUCGUGCUUACUAGUUGUACAAAUCGCAAUACAAGUUGGCUCAGCAUUACAAAUUGAAUUUGUAAUGCGGAUUUACCUCAACAACGUAGAUUUCUAAUGCGGAUUUACGAUUACAACUACGAGUGCGAUACUUUUGCACAGGACAAGUUGCGCUGCUGGUCGGUGGGUUUUUCAUCAUCUACUGCUGCUGUUGCUGGGGAACGCCGGAAGAAGUGACUGAUGCGGUGGCUAAUACUAAUCUUCCAUCUCCUACUGGCGCCACUUCUGGAGGUGGUGCAGCAGCAUCUUCCCGUCCUAGCGCUGCUCGUGCUACUGCUGCUGGUUCUAGCACAAGUACUGGUGGUCGUACUGCCACAACGGCGACUGCGGCUUCGGCCGGGGACGAGGAAGUUACGUCGACCGAGUGCUGUUCUUGCUGUCCGUGCUGGGGCAGAAGCAAGGAACUGACAGAGGAUAUCAAAAUGAAAAAUCCCCCCUCCCCAUAUCAAAAGGCAAAUCUGUGAUGCUGUAUUUGCGUACGCAAAUCAGUCUUGUCUUGCAGUAGCGCACUGCAGGCAGAUACAAAGCCCGGAAAGGAGCGGCCUGCGGUAGGCACUUAGCAUGGCAGACGUCUGCCCCAUUGGCGCAGCAGCAUUACAAAUCGCCUGCGAAAUGCGGCGGAAGCUCUGGCUUUGCUCUUUUGCAACACAGACUCGAUUUGUGGCCACAAAUCAGCAUCGCAAAUUUUGAAAAGUACGCUUUUUCGAUAUGGGGAGGGGGGAUUUUUCCUCAUAAUAAAGGAAGAACAAAAACUCCUCGCAAACGGCGAUGGACGACAGAAGGGGGGCAUGGAAAAACUCAGCAAGUUCCGGAAAGCGGCGACAGCGAUCAAACAGGAGAAAAAAAACGCGUUGAAGCACGGAAAGCAGGCAGACGGCACCACGCCAGUUGUGAAAAAGAAGGAAUACGUGACGAACGAAGAGCCACCGCCUUCCCCCCUCGAUCACGGAAAAGCUUCCUCGAGAACCCCGAGCGCCUCGCCCCGUGGUCGCGCAGCGAAGAACCAAGCACCGGUACCCGGAGCCGGCACCCGCUACACGUACAAUCCGGCUGCGGACAAGAAUAAACAGGCCGCGUUUAUGGAGGGAACUUUCGGGGGGGAAGCAUCCUCCGCCUUCGCGUCGUCCGUCGUGGACGUCAUGAAUACCGCCGUGCUAUCCAAGACAAAAACGUUGUUAGUAGUGUAAAUUUGUGAUGCGCAACAUUCAAGCUGAUUGCGUCUGUCAUGCUUGGCAUGCGUCGUCGGGUUCAUUCAAGGGCGUUUUCACGUAGUAUCUGCGCAUCAUGACAGGUUUUUGCUGUCAUGCGAGAUGAGAUAUUUGUCAUGCUAAUCCUCCAACAAGAAAGUUACACCUACGUACAAUUUUUUUUUUCUUGGACACGUGCCCCGAAACCAGGACGAGAAGACGAAGUUUUUCAAGUACGCGCAGCAGCACGCGUAUGCAGAGAGAACAUUUAACUUACCGUGCACGACGUGUACGAAUACUGGCACUUCUCCUGCAUGAGGACGAAACUCCCACGAGCUGCUGAAACUGAAACUUAUUCAGCAUGACGACGAUUAUUUCUGAUUAUGACAAGUGCAAGUCUCAUGUGUAGUCGCUCGUGCUGCAGGUUGGGCAAAAAUUUGUCAAGCAAAAGCAAUUCGUACACGACGAGCGGGAGCGGUAGGUUAUUUGUAUUGCAUAGCGCGUAUGCAACCUUGAAGAAAGCGGGGUUCCGGGAACCCUACCUGCGCAGGCUUUCCACGGCGGUGGAGAGUACAGCCUACCUAUCCACAGUAAAUUUCCCGUACACGUAAAGAGCACUCGUUGAUUUCCGCAAGACAAAGCUUGCCUUGGAUCACUAUUCAGCAUGACAAGUACAACUGGCGCAUCAGUGUAAGAAAUAGGCCAAAUUUGUCAUGCAUUUCGUACAUGUGUCAGUGUGUGUCUCGGAAAUUAUUUGUAUUCCAUACUACAGCAAGCGGGACUACGUGCCGGAGUACGUAUCAAAUGCAAAAAUGUCUGGGUCUGCAAGGUUGCAACUUGUGAUGCUGUCUCCGGAUUCGGAAAAAAUCUGUAUUGCAUGACCAGCAAGAGGAGUCCGGUUUGGUCUACACGGAGAGGGCAUGUCUCAUGCAGUAGAGGCAUCACAAAGUCCUCCAAAAAUCUGUGAUGCUAGGGCAUGCAUCACAAACAUCGUGGGUCAUUCCAAAUAUGCAUGACAAACUUGGCAAUCUUCUACCAGACCCAGACGCUUUUGCAUUUGAUAGUACGAUCUUGAUGCCCAUACCCUGACGGUUUACCGGGACCUCGGUCUUGGACAGGGCAACGCAACUGUCGGCAUGGUGCGCGAUUACUGCAUUGAGCAGUGGGUGAAGAAACUCAAACCGAAGAAGAAGGCCGUGGCAAAGCCGAGCCCACGACCGCAACAACUUAUCCUGUGCAAAAGUAUCGUACUCGUAUUGCAAUCAUGCAUUACAAAUCCUUUUCUUAAGGUAAAUCAGCAUUGCAGAUUUUAUUUCUCACGCUGAGGAAACUUGUAAUGCAUUUAUACGAGUACGAUACUUUUGCAAUGCAUACAACUGUCUCCGCACGCAUCCUUCGGCGGGGGAGCAGUGCAUGAUCUUCAUAGGUGAGGAAGAUCGCAUCGAUGCGAAUUUCGAUAAAUUAAAAAAGACGAUACUCAUACUGAACAUGAUGAUCGGUAAGAAAAUGAAUUUGAGGCAGAGAAACGAGUAGAGAUGAAGUAAAUUUACUAUCUUCUUCAUCACAGCAACGAAAAGCAAAUUCCAAUGAAUCGCAAUCGCCUGUGCGAUACUAGUACCAAUUUUGUUGUGCAAUUCAGUUUGAAAAUUUGACUUGAAAUUUAUGCGUUGGUUUCGUUUUGACUCAGUUAACAAGUGCAAGAUGACUUACUAGACAAUUGGCCACGUUUAGGCACUGGAGAAUGUUGUAUCUAUUUGUUUUUGUACCAUUUUGGCUCAAGUGCCUUCGUUGCAAUAAACUACGCAAUGUUGACUCGUAAGUGCUGUAUCGGAUUAUAAGUACGGCUCAAGUGCAGUAGAAAGUAGGUAGAGCCUCAGCGCCCCGUGCGUCAUCUGUGUGCGCAUUCCAUCCAGAAAUAUGGUCCCUGUCGGCGAUUUCCCUCUCCACAGCGCCGGCAGUACUUCGUCUUCUUUUGACGGGCUCUCAACAUCUUGUUCUCUGGAUGGGUUCACAUCUUCUCUUCCACGGCCACGAUCGCACAGGGUGGGAGAACGAAAGUUAGCAGGUCACGUCUAGCCUAAGCACAAGCAAACUAGACCACGACCGAAAAACGAAAAAGCGGAAAACGGGAGCGCGGAAGCUGGAGAAUGAGGAAAAGAUAUACAUCUGGACCAGGAGCUGCUGAGAUGUCGAUAGAUCCUGAUAUUGAUUUUCUCAGAUAGAGAUUCCAGAUCUAUCCCUGUCUUUUCUCGAUUCAAGGUACAGAUCCAUACAUAUUAGAAUUCCCCACGCUCCAGUGCAGCCGCGUAUUGGAAGAAUCUCAGAUCUUUUUGCGCCGCUAAAGUUCGUGUCUUGCAUUCGUAGACGCCAACUUUGUAGAACGAGACGAAGGUCCGGCCAGAGCCAUCCGAGAGAAGGUGUUAGCAUGACAAAUAUGCUACCACCUUGAAGCGCCUGAUCGUGACAAAGACGGGAGGUGAGCUCUGCCUCAAGCUGCUCCAGGGCGGAGGCAGCGCAGUGUCUACAGAGUUAAGGGACAAGCACCUAACACAUAUGGUGCCCAAUAUGACCCUAAACUUGCCCAAGCCCCGGACCGUCCCAGAGUAGACAGCCGCACCACAGAGGGUAAGCUUGUGAGCAGACGGAGCGCACCCGGCCGCGGCUCGAAGAGAAGAAGCUGCAACAGUGUACCUCAGUGCCCGCAACUCGAAGAGUGGUAGUUGCAACAUGGCGCGUCUGGUACAAGGAACAGGAGCGAAUGCUGGCCGAGUAGGUGUUUCUCCUGAGAGCGGUGCCUCCCUGCUCGUUUCCUCCGGGUGGUCUGCGACAUCAUGUUCCACCUGAGUAGCAGUGUGUAUAGCUAAAAAACAGGUGUGAAGGAUCCUCCUCCUCCUCUAUUUGUUUUUGUACCAUAUUGAAUUCAGUACAACAGAACCAGAACGAAGGUGAGGCGGACUUUGUCAAGAAGGACGAGCACACGCUUUUUUAUCGUGCACUAGUUCGAGUUUCAUGUUUGUUGUGAUCGGUCCUGUUUUGAUUUUGAAAAGUCUGGUAUUGGUGCAGGAGAACCCGAAAGGGAAAACCACGUGUACAAUCCAGCAAUUUCGUAGUACUCAUUCGUAUUUGUUGCCCGAGUCGUGUCUGUGAAGAAAGCAGAAUGGGCCAGAAAUUAUAGACGUCGUUGUGCUAGCUGGGGUCGUUCUCGUGCUGCUAACAAUGCAAUUCGACGUAUACUAUAGUAGUAAGGUCGUGUCGGUGUCGCUCGUCUCUUGCAGAUUCGUGAUUGUGAGUAGUUGCAGGUGUCUACCAUUGAUCUUUCCUAGAGCUGCACUACUAGUAGGUACCUAGUAGAAGGCUCUCGUCGUCGUCUUUCUUGCAACGAUGACGUCGAUGUGAUGUCGUUGUUUUAUUUCCUUUCACAAGAAUUUGGAAGACAGGCCGAGCACUGGCUGUUUUUUCAAAGUUAAGAUUUCAUAUUGCUUUCGACCAAAGAAAGAACGGAGCUCGUCUUCAAAAAAUACAAUGACAAUCAUGAAGUCCCCAACAGGAGCACUUCUUCUACCCCUACCAGCCACGCUGCUGCUGCUCAUCAGCCACCUCGAGCACACCGCGCUUUCCAUCUCCGUUGUGAACCAGCAGUCUGACCGGAAAGUUGAGAAAAAGAAAAAGCUAACGCUGGUAGGUCCCAACGUCGCUCAGAAUAAAGCCGCACAGGGGAAAACAUCUUCCUCUAGUACUCCUUCCAGUGGUGCCGAUGUUGUCCAAGAUGAAAAAGCUGCAGAUCAUGGCCAUGCCCCCACCGGAGCAGGCGCUUUUCUGCAUCUCAAUCAGAAGAACACGGAAAGUAGUAAGAGCAGCCAAACAUCAGCAGCUGCUGCAGCCGCAGCCAGCAAAGCCAAGGCUGUCGCACAGCAGGAGAAACAGAAACAUCAAGAAUCUCCGACCAGCAAAAACCGCGGAGGUACACGCGACAAAAUCAAAAAGCAACAACACGCGAAGAAUGAUGACAAAUCGAGAUCCGCUGAAAAUAACAAACGAAACCAAGACGAGACCGGGACCUGGUGCUUGCUUUUGGUGCUAGUGCUCGCGAUCGUUUUUGCUGCGGUGGGUGGUGUUAUUUAUUCGACCAUGAAAAAGGAGCGCGAUGCAGAGGCCGCGAUGCCAUUCACGGUCCAUCGGGAUGCAAAAGGAAUGAUGCCCUCGAUUCCGACGUCAGGGCGCAGAAAACUGCUGAACAAUCGGGCGAAACCGGAACCGUCUGAGGCGGGUCCCGAAUCCGAAGCCUCCCCGGACGCGGGAACAACGAGUGAAACGAGUAGUAAAUCAAAAUCCUCGUCGCAAACUCCGAAAGAAGAUGGCGGUACUGGUCAUCACCGGGGUCAUCAUCACCGCGACAAAACAAGCAAGGGUGAAGCUGUUCACGUCCCGGGGGUGAUUGUGACGCGCGAGUGGUACGAACGAAUCGUCCCGGACUCGCAAGAUCACUCCGCCUUUGCUGGCUACGCGAAAGACCACGCCUACGAGACGCUGAAAAACAUGGGCUUCAAGGAACCCUUCCUCGGCAAACUGGCACUGUACGUACAGUCGAACCGAACGCACGGAUAUUCCCAGAAAAAAAACCCUUUCCGAUCCAUUUUUUGCAUGACAAACACUGGACUUUGUGCAUGUUUUGCGUGACAAGGUAGAUGGGGAUGGAUUUUUUUCUGUGGAUAACGGAAAGAAGGACUACGUCCCCGACUACAACCACCACGACAACUCGGAGGCGCCGGGCCUGUUCAAAAAGAUGGGCAUGAAAACCAACCCGACGGUGGGGCAAGUACGGGCGUGGUGCUGCGCCGAAUGGUGGAGCGCAGAGACCAAGAGGCAAAAAGAACAGAAGAAGGAGAAGAAGGACAAGCUUGUGGAGGCGCAGCAAGAAUUAUCCCCGGAAAAAAAACGAGAAAAAGAAAAAAAGGAACAAGAAAAGAAGGACGAGAAAAACAAGGCAAAGGAGGAGAUCAGAGAGAAGAUCAAACAAGAAAAAAAUCGGACUUAAGUAGCAUCCAUGACUACUUGUCGUCAGCAAUGUUGUUCUUCCUUUACCGCAGUUUAUGCUGUGGCGAAAGGAAACCGAAACAGUAGUUGUGAAUGUUGUUAUUGACCACGUUAUUCAAAAUGAAAAUCAAAAGAGCAUCGCCACAACAGAAAUCUUCGCAGCUGUACAAUAAUUUAAUUGGGGUGAUGUCUCUACUGGUGUGCAUUGUUGCAGUUUAUAAAUGUUGUUGAAAGCUGCAGCUUCUUCUUAUCGACAGUAUCCACUCUGAUUAAGCAUUCAUUCGGACCUAGAUUUGAUUGUACAGAAAGAAGAUAUCCUCGCAAGCG